AUCUCGGCCGCAGUUCGUCGCGCUCUUCUGCGCCGUUUUUUUCUGUUGAAAUUCCACUUGUUUACAUUGCGCGGCUAAAUAUCGCAUUUCCUGUCUGUUUUGUUUCCAAAUAUUUAUCCUGCGAGCGAUACCGGACAGUUAAUACGUUAGAGGAAUAUGUAUCCAAAACAUUCAGAUUUUUACUUCGUGUAUUUAAUUACUUAUUUGUAACACUAUUUUUAUGUCAUUUGUUUUCAUUAUAGGCGGUAUUUGCACGUUUAAAACGAUUUGACGCAAUGAAGCACGUGUUACAUAAUUAAACCGGUUAGGCUUGCUUAAUUGAAACUAAUAAUCAAGGAAAGAAAGUAUGAAGUACGCAUGGACGAAAAUUUAAAAUACGCAGGAAAGAACCGUCUGUUAUUCAGCGUGGUGUUAUCCCAUUGGUCCGCUCGAUGCGCUGACGUCAGCGGCAUUGUGGAUUUUGUAGUCUUUUAUUUCUCCCUCCUCCGUUCGCUGCAGCGCUGAGCGCGCCGCGGAGGAACUACGGCGCGUCACGUGUGGGCGUGCCCGCGCGUGACGUGUUUUUGUUUGGAGGAGGAGCAACGAGGCUGAAUUUCCACGCGGUGGUCGGUAAAGUUUGACAGCUCAUCUCUAGCGGUUUGUGAUCCCCGAGGAUCUCUAACUCACCGAUCCAGUCCCGAAUCGGGGAUGACAGCUGCUAGAAACCGCGUGAAGAAAGCGCAACACUUUAACUUAAAGAAGCUUCUGCGUUUGUAAAGGGAUGUUUGGAAGCAGAUGCAGUUUUUGGGAGGCGUCUCUGUUAGCUCUGGGACUUUUUGGACUUUUACAUUCAAAGCAGUUAACAGGUGUCUUGGACGACUGUUUCUGUGACAUCGAGAGCAUUGAUGUCUUCAAUAACUUCAAGAUUUAUCCUCACAUUCGCAAGCUCACAGAGAGAGACUUCUUCCGAUACUACAAGGUGAACCUGAAGCGUCCGUGUCCGUUCUGGGCUGACGACGGCCAUUGCUCGAUCAAAGACUGUCACGUAGAGCCGUGCCCAGAGAGUAAAGUUCCUGUAGGAAUUAAAUCUGGCAACUAUAACAAGUUCUCUCAGGCCUCCAGCAGCAUCACUGAUAUCAGAGAGUGUGAGCAGGCACAUGAACUGGGCGCUGUGAACAACACACUCAGUAAUCAGAGUAAAGAGGCGUUUGCAGACUGGGCUCAUCACGACGACGCUCAGGAUCACUUCUGUGGUUUAGACGAUGAAAUGUCUCCUGAUGCGGAGUACGUGGAUCUGCUGCUGAACCCCGAGAGAUACACCGGAUAUAAAGGACCCUCGGCCUGGAGAGUCUGGAACAGCAUCUACGAGGAGAACUGCUUCAAGCCCAGAUCAGUGUAUCGUCCUCUCAAUCCUCUGGCUCCCAGUCGGGGUGAUGAUGACGGUGAAGGAUUUUACAAAUGGCUGGAAGGUUUGUGUUUGGAGAAGCGUGUUUUCUAUCGUCUGAUCUCUGGACUCCACAGCAGCAUCAACAUCCACCUGUGUGCGGAGUACCUGCUGGACGAGGGCUGGGGGAAGCCGGUCUGGGGUCCUAACCUGCACGAGUUCAGGCAGCGCUUCGACCCGGCCGAGACCAAGGGCGAGGGAACGCGGCGGCUCAAGAACCUCUACUUCCUGUACCUGAUCGAGCUGAGGGCGCUCUCGAAGGUGGCUCCGUACUUCGAGCGCUCCUUCAUCAAUCUGUACACGGGGAACUCUCAGGAGGACUCCGGCACCAAAGAGCUGCUGCUGCAGAUCCUCAACGACACCAAAGCUUUCCCGAUGCACUUUGACGAGAGCUCCAUGUUUGCGGGCCAUAAAAUGGAGUCGAAGACACUCAAGGAGGAGUUCAGGCUUCAUUUCAAGAACAUCUCUCGGAUCAUGGACUGCGUCGGCUGCAGUAAAUGUCGUCUCUGGGGCACCUUACAGACUCAGGGGCUGGGAACGGCUCUCAGGAUCCUGUUCUCCGAGAAAGAGAUCAAGAACCUUCCAGAAAACAGUCCGUCCAAAGGCUUCCAGCUCACGAGGCAGGAGAUCGUGGCUCUGCUCAACGGAUUCGCCAGACUGUCCACGAGUAUCAGAGAGCUUCAUAACUUCCGGUCCCUGCUGAAGGAUCAGAGGUAGCUGGGGGCCGGCGGGGGGCAGCACUAGACUCAGGGACCGCAGGACCCUUCCUCUUCAUCACGGCUCCGACUCGGACGGACCGCGCAGACUGCGCUUUAUCACGUAGCGCUGCGGUUUUCUUCUUUUCUUUCCUUCUCUUGGGUUUGUGUGAAUGUUGUGAACGCCUGUGUCUGUUCCUGCUGACGACAGUCCUCUUCGUUCUUUUAAUUUGUUAGUAAUCAGGUGAAGCCCAUAAACGAGAACAUGCCCAGGUCACAUUUCACACUAAAAUACAAGUAAUUAUACCUUUUUUCAUUACUGAGAGGACUAUAGGCUUUAUUUUCUUUCUUUAUAUAUAUAUAUAUAUAUAUAUAUA